AUGUGGAGAGCGGGCAUGGCCGCCGGGGACGGGCUGGGCCCGGCGCUGCGGGCCGUCACCGAGCAGGUGCAGCAGGCGGCAGCGCGGAGGCCGCAGGGGCUGCCGGCCGUGCAGCCGCGGCUGGUGGCCGUCAGCAAGACAAAGCCCGCAGAGAUGGUGAUCGACGCCUACAGCCACGGGCAGCGAAGCUUCGGGGAGAACUAUGUUCAAGAGUUGCUAGAAAAGGCAUCAGACUCCAGAAUUCUGUCGUCUUGUCCGGAGAUUAAGUGGCAUUUUAUUGGCCAUCUGCAGAAAAAUAACGUCAACAAGUUGAUCGCUGUCCCUAACCUGUUCAUGUUGGAAACGGUGGAUUCUGUGAAACUGGCAGACAGAGUCAACAGCUCAUGGCAGAAAAAAGGGUCGUCUCAGAAGCUGAAGGUUAUGGUGCAAGUUAACACGAGUGGAGAAGACACUUGGCACAAAUCUGCCUGCUUCUUGCCAGGUAAGCAUGGCCUUCCUCCUGGAGACACCACGGCUGCUGUGGAGCAUGUCAUCAACAAGUGUCCAAGCCUGGAAUUUGUGGGGCUGAUGACGAUCGGCAGCAUCGGGCAUGACCUUAGUAAGGGACCAAAUCCUGACUUCCAGAUGCUGCUAUCUUUGCGGCAGGAAGUGUGUGAAAAGCUGAAUCUCCCCGUUGAGAAGGUGGAGCUGAGCAUGGGCAUGUCCACAGACUUCCAGCACGCGAUAGAGGUUGGAUCCACAAACGUCAGGAUUGGAAGCACUAUUUUUGGAGAGCGAGAUUAUUCCAACAAAGCAGUCGGUGGCAAGGCCCCUGCUGAAACUAAAGGCAAAGCGGAGACCUUGACAGUGCAGGGUCAUUAGAUGGAAAAAAAAAAGCAGCCUCGACAGAGGAAAGAUGAUGGGAGACCUCACUAUGCAUUCUUACCUCCCUCCGUGUCGGCACCCUUAUCAUGAUGGUGAGAGGGAAUUCCUCGUAACAGAACAGAGGCCAGAAACGCCUCACAAUUUAUUGUGAUUGUAGAAUACCCAUAGAAACUGGAAAUUUUUAUAACCAACAAAUGAUAAGAAAAUUAAUGUUUGAAAGUGACUGUGGUAUCUUGGCUCCUUCGGGUCAUUAAGAACAGUGACUUUUGGAUAACUAGGUUGAACAAACUAAAUAUUUGUCAGGAUGGAGUUGCUAAUGAGCAAGAUGUAUCUACAGCAGUGUCGGUGAUUAUGUUUUCGCUGAGGACUAAAUUCUUCAUUAAACAAGUUAUAAUCUUGCCAGAGACCCAUAAAUGUUUCCCCAAAUACAAGUUUUGCACGUGGUCACUACUGAGGGAUGCUUACGUAGAAACUGUGAUAGAGCCGUGCUGUGACACUGGAGAGACUAUAUCCAUUUAAACAGGAGAUGAAUAGCAAGCACACGAGGAUGGAUAAGGAGCACUGUUGCCAGCAUGAGUUCACAGCACAACGUUUUGGAUGCAGAUCGCAAGUGUGGGAGUGUCUUUUUUGGCUGAAGUUUAUAUUUGUCCUUUUCAGGCUGACACUGCUAACUCUUUCCAUUGGUUCCGUGUCUGCUCAGACCUUCUGGGAUGCUUUCAACCUUCCCCUCUUGUGAAGUGUUGUUGGGCGUUACUUUCAUCCUGCGUAGUAGUUCUUGACGCUGUAAGUUCUUUUUGCUCAGAAUGGGGCUUUUCUGCAAGGUCCCUGGUCUACCAUCAGCUUGCUGUUGCUUUCCAAGGCAAGUCACUGGAGCAUUUGGUGCCUCCACCAUCCCGUCUACAUCCGUAUGAGGAUAAUAAUGCUUGCUUGUCUCACAGGGCAGCAGUGAGGUUUGCUAGAGGCCCUUCGGGAAAAGUACUUCAGAAAGUAAGGUAUUAUUAUUCCACUGUGUUCUAGGUUCCUGAAAAUAAAUCCAGUCGCCUCUGACAGAGCUUCUAGGUGAUGUCUUAAUACCUUAAGCGCUGGUCUAGCCUUCGCUUCCGGAAGAGGGAAAUGACUCUUUCACAGCAGUGGCUGUUCCGUUCAGAUGUGAGCAGAAGCUCCUGCAUUGUCACGUGCUGUUUGGCCAACGGUAGCUAUGGCGAGUCUCUCUUGUAACCUGUGUUACAACUACAUUUUUGGGCUUUUGUGUGCUGCUAAGAGGAGGAGACAUCGGUUGCCAGCAGAAACUUCCUUCCCAGGCUUUCCUCUGUGUGCGUGUGCUUAAGUCUAGCUGUUGGUUUUACUCUCUGACUGUAAAUGCUGAAUGUAAAUGAAAAGAGUCAACUAACACCAACCUGUCAUAGCUACGUGGUUUAGAAGCAACAUGCAGUCUGUGCUGCCCUCCUCGGCACUGCACCAUGUGUUGUUUCGUAGUCUAUUAAUAAAAAGUGAUGAAUUUUAAUACCAUCUGUGCCAACUAUAAAGCUAUUAAAGAUGUUAUU